AAAAGAAAAUGCAUUAGACGAAACUUGUUGCAAUCCCACUCGCGGUCUACGCGCGUGAAGCUCACUCUCGGCACCACUUCUGCGUUUCACAGUGAACAACGGAAGUCCGAAUUCCGAACUAACCAGAAAAAACGAUGAGCUUCAUCAAUUCAUCCAACAACUUUCCGAAUCCAUCAUCAAUCCACUGUACGAUUUCUUGGAUUUCUUCUCCUCGUGUAUCGGAAACCGUAAUUUUUUUUUUCUCGUUCCUGUGAUCGUCAAGCUUAAACCCUAGUUUUUGUUGUUUUGGAUUUCUGUAAUACAUCCUUCAGCUUCAUCGAUCGUGCAUUAAACUUCAGAUUACAUGUAUGGCUUCAGUGCUGCGAGGUGGUGGUGAACCGGGAGGGAAUCCCAGGAGGACGGAUGAUAACAAGUUUAGUACCGGAAACCAACGGAAAGAGAGUAAAAUCCCCAAACGUGCUCGAAAUUCCGUACAGAUUUCUGCCGUCGCGGCCGCCAAUGGCGGUGGUGAUCCGUCUUCUCCUUCUCAUUAUCCGAUCGAUGCUUUAGUCACGUCUAGGGAUUCUUCAGGUCAAAAUCGCUACAUCGAACAGGUUAAUGCCGAUGAAGUGCCGGGAUAUACGAGGUUUGAGAACCGGGUUAGGAUUUGCUUGAAUUCCAGAUCAAGAUCUGGGAUUAAAGAGCUUACGACGAAGCUCAAGGGCGAGCUCGAUCACGUCAGGAGCCUCGUGAAGAAAUUUGAAUCUCAAGAGCUGCAGAUUAGUGGUUAUGGUGGUGAUGUUGGACAUAGUCAGUCGCAGUUUUCUGCUAAUAAUUUGGUAGAGAAGGUUGGUAACACAUGGAAGGAUGAUUCUGUGGUGGGUUCCGCCGAUGUGCCCGCUUCUCGACUUGUUCGAAGCGUUUCGGUGGCCGAAAACUUCGGGGAGUUUGCAGAGAAAGAGAUGAACAAGCAUAAAAAUUCAAGAUAUAAUCCUAAGACGGAGUUCCCGGUAUCGGAUUGCGAUUCGAAUCGAGGUAAGAUUGAUCCAUUGCUUAAAAGCUGUAACAAUUUGCUGGAAAGAUUGAUGAAACAUAAGCAUGGUUGGGUGUUUAAUGUGCCUGUUGAUGCCAAGCGUUUGGGGCUUCAUGAUUAUCACAAGAUCAUAACGAAGCCAAUGGAUUUAGGCACUGUAAAGAUGAGAUUAAACAAGAACUGGUACAAGUCACCAAGAGAGUUUGCUGAGGAUGUGAGACUCACAUUUAGUAAUGCCAUUACAUAUAACCCGAAAGGGGAGGACGUUCAUAUAAUGGCGGAGCAGUUAUCGAACGUAUUCGAAGAGAAAUGGAGGAUUAUUGAAGCCAAACAAAAUGUUGGUAAGGAUGAUGGAUCCAGAAAAUCUCCAGCUCUUGCCACACCGCCCGUGGAAUCGAGAACUUUUAGUAAAUCGGAGUCUACGACGAAGCCUCCGCCUGCAAAUAGGGAGAGUUUAGGUAAGUCGGAUUCGAUAACAACGCCUGCAAACGUUCCUGAUAAGAAACCAAAUGCUAAGAACUAUGGAAACAUAGAUAUGAAUUAUGAAGAAAAGCAGAAACUGAGCAUUGAUCUUCAGGAUUUACCAUCAGAUGAGCUGAAUAAUGUUGUGAAGAUCAUUAAAAAGAGGAACCAGGGACUCUUCCAAAACGAUGAUGAAAUUGAGUUGGAUAUUGGUAGUGUUGACUCCAAAACCCUCUGGGAACUUGAGAGGUUUGUGGCUGAUUACAAAAAAAGCUUGAUCACGAACAAGAGAAAAGUCGAUGCCGAUCUUCAACCAUCGCGCUUCUCGACCAAGGAUAUGGAUCGAGCUGUGGAUGAUGCAGGAGGAGGACCUGUAGGCGGCAAUGCAGACUCUGAAGGCGAGGGCGACAGUUCCUCGACGUGUGGAGAUGCGAAUCAGUCUCCCUCAGGUUGAAUCGACUAAAACAAGGAACAGGAUCAUAUGGUUUGGUUACAUCACGUCGGAGCGAUCUCCAUCUCCCAUGAUGAUUUGGAGGGAAGAAAUCAAAAGUUCUAUUGAUAAAUUUAGAUGAUAUUCAUGAUUCCUUCGCAUUUUAUGAAAUCAUUUUGAUAAUUGUAUAUUUUUGUGAAAUAGAACUUAGAAGGUAGCAUAAGUUAAUUCCUUUCUAGGAUGGAUUGAUUGAUCUUUCCAUUUUCUUUAGCAGCUGUAUAUACUAAAGGAUCUACUUUGGAAUAUGAAUUUAAUCUUUUCUUUGUCAGCAA